UGAACUCCAAAGUCUACUCAUCAGCUAAAAUGUCCAGUGAAGACAAGGUUUAUCAACAAGCAAGAAGUCUGAAAGGUCCCGAACUUCACGACUUUCUGAGUGGCGUGCUCUCUCUUUUGCAGUCAGGCGAACGAGGCAAAGACUUUGUGAAAGUUUUGAGACAACUGUACGUUUUGUUACAUGCCACUCGGAAGAACCUAAAAUAUCCUGAUGGAUUGAUAGAGCAACUUCAUGUCGUUCUUUUUGAGCCUGAUCAAGGAUCUCCGCUGAUCAGACUUCUUUGUUCUACUAUUUUGCGAGAGCUGUCUCCCAGGCCUAAUGUUAUUGUUCCUCCGUUUGUUCCUCCAGUAGACUUAAAACAAACGGCAUUUGUUCUGCCCCUUCUUACGGUACAGGGUGUCAGGUUUGGAAGUAUUGACAGUCAUAUGGUACAGAUAAUAACGUGGAUAACUGAAGUUGGAUCUGACAGUGAGCGUUGCUUACGGAGCCUGUCAUGGCUUGCUCAGUUUUACCCCCAAAGACCAGAACUUCUGUCAUCUGAGCAAUACAAAGCUGUGAGUCAACGAAUGGCUGACUGGUUGAGAACUGCCAGUACAAAUUCUGCUCUUAAUCCGUUUGCUGGUCGUGCUUUGUUUUCAGGAUCUGGACAAGUUAUGCCUGUAAAAGAAAUUGACGGCACAGUAGCAAGAGACUUCUUUACAGUACUUACAAUUGGCCAUUACUACUCAUCGGAUCAGCUUCUCAACAUCCAGAGCUUUUCUAUGCUAAGACGUUGGUUGAAACAAGGAUCAGAAUUUGAACCAUGCAGACGUCGUGUCUCUAGCAGAUGUCCUUCUGUUUCCCAUUCUCGUUCACCUUCUGUAGACAUUAAGAGCAGCGGUGAUGAUCACAGUGAUGCAACCAGCGGAGAGGGAGGACUAGUGAAUCCAGCUUUGUUGUUGGGUCUUAUUCCUAGGACAUCAUAUCAACUGAAAGACAAAGCAGUUGAAUACUGUUUGAGAAUUAUUGAUCAAUGUGAACGAAAGCCUACUAAACCACUUGAUGAAGAACUUCUACAAGCAAGUUUGUAUGAAGCAAUAGUGACAUUAGAUGAGUUGUGCACAUUGGACAAAAGUCUCGUGCCACGCCUUUUCCCACCCGUCAAGAAACUGUUUGCUCGCAUGGGUGGUAACUAUACCUCAUAUCAUGCUAGGAUACUGAUGGCUGUUCUUUUGUUCUUUCUUGAUCACGGAGAGGUAGUUGUUUAUGAUUCCCAGCCUGCAUGUACAGCUUUGUUUAGUACUGUUGUGUCAGCUCGUUAUGCAGACUCAUCAGUUUCAUUUGAUAUUAUGCACUUUUGUUUAUCAAACGCUACAAAACUCAGGACUAGCACUAAUGCCUUUAAAAGAUAUUUCCCUAAUCUAUUCAAGAUAUUUGCAUGGUCUCCUCGCACAUACUUAAUGAAUUUUGCGGAGCUUCUUCCACAUUUUAUUAGUCCAGAUACGGCAUUAGAGGUUUUGCACUCAUUGUGUGAUCUUCCUUGCUUGUCUGCUGCAUUAGAAGCGCAGAACCGAGUGACUGUUGUUGACAAACGUGUGGCUGAGUACGGUCAGCAGUCGGGCAUUGGUGUGAGUGCAGUGACGGCUGCUCAGCAGCAACAGCACAUGCCAUUGCUUUGGUUUAUAAUGCGAAGCGAAGGUGGCCACGGUGAUACCAUCAACAGGCUUGGUCAGCUACAUUCAAUUCUGGAGGACAUGUCUAGUCAUCCUCGUGUCCAAUACUGUGCUGACAGUGUUCCAGUUCUAGUCAAAAUUUUCUUCAAAACUGUUCUUGCUCAAGGUGAUUACUCGGUGAUUAGUCGUGUGUUGCCCGUCAUGAUGGAACGUCUCGGUCUGUUGUAUACAAUUCCUUCAUUUCAGAAAGAAUUGAGACGAAUUAUUGCUGAUGAACUGCUGUUGAUGUUUAAAGCAUUUCCUAGCCUUAUCGUUGACCAUGCAUCUGACAUUACUGAGUUUACUGCAAGCUUGAGGAACAUGAUGGAUGGGAAAGAACACUACUUUGUUCACCUGAUUUGGAUUAUUGGUGAAUACACUGCCAGUCAGUAUGACAGUCGGUGCACAACUGAGCUGUUAGUAAAAUACCACGAAUCGCUGGAGUGUGUUGCAUAUGAGUUGUCCCAGACACUGCAAUCAGCUGGCUCUGGCAAACAGCUGGGAGCGAAUACAACUCGUCUGAUGUCUGUUUUAAUGACUGCUCUGGCUAAAGUUGCUUCUCGAUGCCAAGAUCUUAUUCCGCGUGUACUGCUUUGUUUGACUAAGAUAGUGAAGCAGCAUGAGGAAAGUCAGGUAGAUCAGGCCAGCCGGCAAGUUAUGCUGUCUAGAGCAAGUGAGCUAGUCAACAUCUUGAAAAUGCCAAGUCUUGCAGCUACCAUCUUGAGCGCAAUAACCGAGGACUUUGACACAGCAAGAAAUCAAUCUUUAGAAAAAGAUCGUGAAAUGGCUGUUUUACUACAAGCAACUUGCUCUCUUUUGCAGCAGUAACUAUUUUUCUGACGUCUUAGCUAUGUACAGUGUAUUGACAUUAAUUAAGUUGAUUAGUUAAUUAAGGCAGCUCUUUCUCGAAUACGCAUGCGCGUUUGCCACGUGACCCAAUUCUGUAGUUCCGGUCAUUUUAUUGUCUACUAUCAAAGUUUCUA